UAACCUCUGCUGUGGAGCAGCGCCCCCCAGAGGGAAGCAAAAGCAAGACCAGCCUUGGUGGGAAGGAAGAUUCUGAGACCAAGCACCGGAAAAGAAUAAUCAGUUCCAAGCCAAGAAGCAUUAGUGGAGUAUGUAUUGAGACCCACAGGGACGCAGAAGUAGCACCAUGUACUUCAGUAGCGAAGGAGCACUUCUCAUUGACUUCAUCCAUGUCUCGUAAGAAAACUUUUGAUUUAAGCAGAAACAGAGACAGCUUCUCACCCAUCUACCUGCCUGCAGAGGCAUACUGGGAAAAAAAGACACAGACAUUUGAAAAGGAAAGAAAAUAUUCUCAGUUUAUUGUGGAAGAAGAAACCUCUAUAGAGAGUCCUAGAAAACAAGUUGUCAGAAUGCCACAGACAGACAUGCUCAACAUAAAGGAAUUCAUCCUAGCAAAUGACAAGGUUAAUAACUCUUCAGAUAAAGUUCAUAAAGAAAACAAACUGGCGAAUGUGAACAUAGAAAAAGAGAAUUCAAACUUUAAAGAAGCGGUCCUAACUCCUGAAAAACAUGCGCCCUUUGCUGUGGCAGAACCAGAAAGGUGCACUUCUGAACGCCCAGAAAUACAGAACUGCUGCCGAGAGCAAACAAAGAGAUCAGCGAGAUCCAGAAAACCACCUGGUCGAGGUGAAACAAGGAGUUCAGAGGAAACAGCGGCCUCCCUCAAAAGGAAGCAGAGUGCGGCUGACAGAAAGGCGAAGAAGGCGGCUGUAAAGUGGGCUACACCGCAGGCUCUAGGCUGCGUGGGCCAGUCUGCGGGAGACCAUCAAAAGAACAACGAUGUAGCCAGGAAACCCCUGCUGACAGUGGGAUCAGACGCUCAAAUCUGUGAUGCUGCAAAUCUGAAUGCGGGGGAGAGAUCUAGGGUACUGGAGGAGGCGGCUCAGGCAGCAGCGAUCGUCCUGACGAUGGUUUAUCAGGAUGGAACCUCGCAGCUCAGUACAGAGCAGAAGCCUUUUCCAUCUGUUAGCGGUUUCCUUAUGUUAUUGAAGAACCGGCUUGAUGUCACUGGGACUGCAGGAUGCAGCGUGGAUGAUUUUGGUACAACGGGCACAGAUAGAAAGUACAUUUACUUAAAACUAGAACAGAGGCCUGCCUGGCUGCAACAAGGACAAGAUCACAGGCAGUUUACCAGAGAAAUGCUGCUUCAGAUACUUGGCAGCAAGCGGCCUGUCAUUUGCUUCAAAGCCAAGGAGCUUCUUCGAACAGCAAUGCAGCACUACAGAAAGGAGAUCAACUGGAAACAAGGCAAUAUUGAUUUAGUUUAAUUUAAACUUAAAGCAAGAUAAGACUUUUUUUUUAACAGAACAAUGUAAAAUCAGGAAAUGCCACAUAUUACAUCUUUACCACAUAGAAAGCACAGCUAAAUAUGGUACACUUUCAUUUAAUGCAGUAUAUGAAUAUACACAAAUGUGUGUUUAUAUAAGGUCCUUAUUAACUUUUCUUUAAGUUU